CUCUGUGUGUGUGUGUGUGUGUGUGUGUGUGUGUUUGGACAUGCAGUAGAGCUAGUAUUGGUACAAAUAAGUUUUGAGGGGAAUUUUAACAGGAGUACUUAGAGAAUGUUUUCAUUACAUUUGAAAUGCAGGUUUUGAAAAAUAAAAUGCACUUGAUGACACAUUGUCUUUUUUUGUUUUGUUUAAUGUUUUUAUUUUUUUAACAGAUGGAUUUGGGGCUCUUAAUGGUCCUGUUGAAGUGAGACAUUUCCAAGGAAACGGCUCUGCUCGUGUAGAAAGAUUAUGAUAAUGACUAGUCUCAACGCUCUCCCUCCUGCCGCAGCCCAGCCUGUGGCUCUUUGUCAGAGUAACUGUUGAGUUUGACUAGCCUUCAAUUCCUAAAACUUACUCUGACCCUGUUGACACAAAGAGGUUGUGAUUUUCAGCAGAAGCUUAACUCCAUGCCCAGAAAGCCCAAAUCUUCUCUUAUCUGUACUUUGCUGUUGCUGUCAGGUCCCGGAGGUGUUCAUUAAAAUCAGUCCGACUGAUCCGGAACAUUUACUCCUUGUUUAUACCACAGGCACUGGAGUUCCAUUUAACUCAGCUCUUCUGUUUAAUGUAACGAAAAUACAAAACCUGUGUAAAUAACGGGUACAGUCAGAAUCUUAUUGAUGAACAGUCGUAUUGGGCCACCAGAUGGGGAAAACUGUACAGAGCUUUUGUGUUGUGUGUGGGUUUUCUCCCGGUUCUUCAGUUUUGUUCCCCAGUAGAAACAUAUGCAGGGACAGGUUACUGGGACAUUUACCACCGGGACAUAAACUGUCCACGAUGUACCCCACCCUCAGCCAUGAAAGCUGGGAUUGGCUCCAACUCCACCUUUGACCCAGAGGUGGAUUCUUUUUAACACGAAGGAAUGAAAUGGUCUUUAGUCUGUAUUCCUGUAAGUCAAGUAUUACGUAAAUACAUCAUUCCACAAGGGUGUGAAACCAUAGAAUUGGAUACUAACCGGAUGUGUGUGUAUUAAUUAAUGGAUUUUUAAAAACUAUUCAAAGUUUAAAAAAAAGCCAAAAUGUAAAGUUUGCAUAUAAUUUUAUUUUAAUACAUGUAAAAUAAUGUGUUUUUGACAGAUUAAAAACAGCCAUGGAUUACGGCAGCCUUGGAUUAAGCAGAGAUUAUAACAGAUCCUUCCAGAUUGAAAUUGAGUCUUGUCCUGCACCGAGGAGCCAGGCGUCCCGUGUUUUGCUCUACGCCGUCUUUUUUGCUGUGAUCACCUGCACAGUGUUUGGAAACUUCCUGGUGGUCUUGUCCAUCGCCUACUUCAAACAGCUGCAGUCGCCCACAAACUCCUUCGUCAUGUCCUUGGCUGUGGCCGACUGUCUCGUGGGCCUCAUCGUGAUGCCUUACAGUAUGGUACGGACCGUGGACAGGUGCUGGUACUUCGGUGCCCUGUUCUGUCGUAUCCAUUCCAGCCUCGAUGUUAUGCUUUGCACAGCUUCCAUAUUUCAUCUCAGCAGCAUCGCCUUCGACCGUUACUACGCCGUCUGCAACCCGCUGAUAUACAGUUUGAAAAUGUCCCGCAGUCGAGUUGCCCUUCUCAUCGUCGCCUGUUGGGUUGUUCCCAUGUUCAUAUCCUUUGCUCCGAUAAUGCUUGAUCUUCAUGUCGCCGGUGUGAACGUCUAUCUUCCUGAAGAGUUGUGUCUGUUUCUGGUCAAUCGCAUUUACGCAGUCAUGGCUUCCGUAGUGGCCUUCUACCUGCCAAUGGUUAUUAUGCUGGCAGCGUACUGGAGCAUCUUCAAAGCUGCUAGAAGGCAGGCUCAGCAGAUCAGCGUCAUUGAAAGUCAAAUGGCCGCCGGUGUCGGAAAAGACACGAGUAGGAAACGAAGACACCGAAACACUAUCAAACGAGAGAGGAAGGCGGCCAAGACCUUGGGCAUCAUCAUGGGAGUCUUCCUCAUCUUCUGGAUGCCUUUCUUCACCGUGAACAUCCUGGAUCCAUUCAUUGAUUACAGCACUGAGGUGGUCGUCUGGGACGUAUCUCUGUGGCUAGGCUACAUCAACUCGUCUCUGAAUCCAUUCUUGUACGGUUUCUUCAAUCGUUCUUUCCGUCGGGCAUUUCUCAUGUUUCUGGGCUGUAAGGUGUGUCUGCCUGGAACCUCCUCUGGAAUGGAACUGUCUCAGACUAGGAAAGAGCCGAGUGGACGGACAGAUAAAGCAUGAACCCUCACUGGUAUCGCCAACGUGUUGUAAAGUUUUUUUUAUUAGCUCUACAUCAUACUACCACUGAUGGCUGCUGAUUCUCAGAGACGAGGACAUGGAUUCAUCUGUGAGCCUGCUGUUGUGGUGUACCUCCGCUCUGUUGCACUGUUGCCCCUGGAAAUGUCAAUGUAAACUGCCCCAUUAGUCGACAUGGGUACCUGGAAUUUCAACUGAGAUGUUCGGUGACUCUGACCCUGACACACGUGUGUCCUCAGCUUGACAUGACAUGGUCUCACUCACUGUAAACCCUUAAUAUCAUUAAUUCAACAAAGACAGUCUAAUGAUGUGACCAAUAAUGGCCGCGUCAUCAAAGUACAGUUUGUUUUGGUAACAAAGAGACAAGAAUGAUGGUAGUGGAAUAGGCAAAAUGUAUUUGACGUCAAGUUGUUCUUCCUGUGCUGAAUGGAUGCUUUUAUUCUUCGCACAUUUCUUCAAAAAAAAACAUUUACUCUCUGAUAUUCUCGUAAAGAUACAAGUGUGGCUCUUUGUGAAAU